UGUGCACAAACAGCGAAAAGCAGCGAGUGUGCGCCAGGAAAAAAAAAAAAAAAAACACUCCCCAAAUCCACGAUGAUGUCCGUGAAAAGCCACGCGCCCAAGGACCUGGUGGUGGAGCGUCUCGUCGUCGCCGCGGAUGAGAUUUUUGCGCUGUUUGAACGCGCGUUUGCGGAAUAUGAAGAGGAGGUUCUGCGGUCCAGAUUUCUGCAGCAACCUCGAGAUGUUUUUCACAAAGAAGAUUUCCAUCUCCUGCCGUCUCGGGCGCAGGCGGCUAAAGACAGCGAGGCCUUCAUGAACAAGUCCAUGAUGAUGUCUGUGAAAACUCAGGCUCUGAAGGACCUGGUGGUGGAGAAGCUCGUGGUGGCCGCAGACGAGAUAUUUGAGCUUUUUGAACGGACGUUUGCUCAGUUUGAGGAGGAGGCUCUGCAGUCGCGGUACCUGCCACAACCUCCCGAAGGUCUGAACAAACCAGAUUUCCAGACCGUCAUCGUGGGUCUGAACGUCGGCGCUGACCAAGUUCGCGAGGAGGAACCGAUCAAAAUCAAGCAGGAAGCGGAUCCGCCCAUGGAGCUCCGGUAUUCUCCCGUCACCGUCAAAUCUGAGGAACCAGAACCGGAGGAGACCAGGCCGGACCCGAGCGGAGAGCAGGGCGACGGAGAGGAGCCCGGCUGCAGCACCCAUCUGAGUCUGGACAAUAACAGAAGACCUUUCAGCUGUUCAGACGACGAUUCAGACGAGGAAACGGCUAAAAGUAACGGAGAAGAGCCUAACGCAAGUCCUACGAAGGAUCCGGCUGAAAACCACGUAAAUAAUGUCGGUCGUGAUAACAGUUUUAGCAGCAACAGCACAGUUACAGUGAGUAAAGAAACAGAGAAUAGAGAUAAACUGCCCAAAUGUAACUUGUGCUAUAAGACGUUCAAAAGCAUAAAAGCUCUUGAGAGACACCUGGAGUUUCACCCAGGACCAUUCACCUGUGAAAUCUGUAGCAAAGUCCACAGCGACAGGUCCAACUACAAAAAACAUCUGCGCAUUCACGCCGAGCAGAAACCCUUCAGGUGUUCAGUUUGCGAACGCGGCUUUACGCAGAAACGCCACAUGAACGAGCACAUGAGGAUUCACACGGGGGAAAAACCUCUCAGCUGUUCAGACUGCGGGAUGACGUUCAGACAGAAGAAUUCACUCAUGAGGCACGUUCUGUCGAAGCACAGCGAACACAAGCCCUACUCCUGUCCCAUCUGCAUGAAAGGCUUUGUCCAGAAGUGGCACUUGGUGGUUCACAUGAGGGGGCACACGGGAGAGCGACCUUUCAGCUGUUCAGUCUGCGAUAGGAGUUUUGAAUCCAAAUGUUACCUAAAGAAACACAUGGAUCGCAAUCACAAAGCGGACGGAGAGAUCCCCAGUGAGGUGCUCGACAGUGGGCUGUGUCCCUCUCUCGACUGGGAGCAGGACACAUUAGAUGAAACCUUAUAAUACAAAAUAAGAAUUUGAAUUCAAGAGUCCAGAUUAGGCGAUUUUCUGAUCACAAACAGACCUGGAGCUGAGUUUUGUUUCAUUCACACAUUUAACUCACAAACCUGCACAUUAGGGAGCAUCAUUUGCCCAACUUUCUGAAAAAAAUUUAAAAUCAAUCUGUACUUAGGUAUCAAUUUUUUACACUUACCAAAGUAAAUUUCUGUGAGAAAUUUCAUGUUUAUUGGGUCCACCAAACCUCUGAGUGCCUCCAGAAGCCCUAAAUCUGAGCUGAAAAAUCUGUUUUUCUUUAAUAACGUCCUUAUUCUUUCGGUAAACUUGUUUUUCCCAAACCCUGAGCCGCACCUGUCAUUGAGACGCUCUGAUGACGUCACACUCACUCACUCCACUUUUUUAUACAGUCUGAGCACAACAGGAAGAACAAACUUUACGUCUCUCAUUUCAUCUUUGGUUUUGUGGAUAUUGGACAAAAUCUUGACAAAAUUGUCACAUCUUAGAAAGUUAUGAAGACAGAGAUAUAAAAUUAGUAAAAGUUGCACAGUAGAUGCACAACAGCAACAUUUAUAUUCAACUUUCACUGACACCACGGUCUUAAAUGGAUUAUUUUUAAAGUUAUUUGAGAAAAACUGAUUUUUCAGCCAGAGUCUUAUGGACACUGUUAGGAUGGAAUUGAAGAGUCUUGGUGGACACAGUAGAUUUUAUUCAACUGAAGAAAUAUUCCACAGAUUUUCUUUUAAUUGUUUUUGUCACAUUUUAAAAUAAGAUACAAGUUGAAUUUCUGACAUUGGGGCAAAUGAUUCACCACCUGCACAUUUAGGAUGAGUUUUUCUCUCAAACACAAAACUCUGUUCUACUUGUAAUGUCAUACAGGAAGUGCUCCACUGUGUUUUUAAACUCAUGCACCUUCACUAGAAUCAUUUGGAUCAUUUCAGUCCUGAAUUUUCAUGACAUCACAAAGUGGAACAGAGCAUUUUGAGCUUUGAGGAUGUAGACAGACGAAUAAUAAAGAUUUACUCAAACAAAACACAACUCUGGGUUUGUUUCUGAGGAGGGAACAAUGUUAUAACACGACUUAAGUCUCACAAGAGUCUUUUGUGUAAUAUAGGACCUUUAAAAAGACUUUCUGGGCACUUAAGGACACCGUACCAACAACACUUCAUAAACUACUAAAAACAAAAGAAAUAUAUUUAAACACAAACUUACAAAUUAGAAAAAUAUGCAACCAGUUUCCAGAGUUAAUACAAGUACAGAGAUGAUGACGCUCCAGUCUGUAAAGGAUUGUCAAGUGUGACGUCACUUCCAGGUCCAAGGAGAUUCAGCUGAUUUAAACUAAUGGACACGUUUACAGUUUAGUUUUUUUGUUUAGUUUUUUUUUUUUUUUUUUUUGUGACAACACAUCUUGUGUUAAAAAGAGAUUGCAGUCAUUUAAAGCUCACACAGUUAUGAGCAUGGAUCUGUGGUUAUAACUGUGACAAGUGUUUGAGGGAGGAUGAGGUAAGAGACUCGGCUAAACGAGCAUCAAAAUGAUUUAAUAACAACAAGACAAAUAUUAAAAUACAAAAGUAAAAAUCCAACAGUUAAGAUUGAACUGUUGCUUUCUUAAAUGUCACAGACGUGCGCUGGAUGAACCAUUGACAUGUUUUGUCAAUAAGUAAAUAUAAUUUAAUCAUAAUAAUAUAAUUCUAUACUUUUAAAUAGUAAAUAUUUAAAACAGGAAGCAGGAUUCUGUGUGGAGCUGCAGCUCUGUUGGUGGAGUUCAGAUUCUAGGAUGUGAUGAUGCCGUUCUCCCAGAUGGAGCAGAGACAGUUUUCCUCUUUGAUCACACUGAACUUUACCAUGAAGGUAAAUGCACAAAUGUUCAACCUGAUCAUUUCUGUCAGUGACUCGACACUAGAACUCACUGUAUUACAUCACAAAUCUGGAUUUGAACUCUGUUCAUUUCAGUCGUCCCCAUCGUUAUUUAAUAAGAUUGGCCUGUAGAACGUUGUGAUGUCGUCUGAUUAUGAUCUGACUCAUGGAGAUGAUUUAAAUUACAAUGAAACCACAAAAUCUGACGUGAGUGAUCAGAAGGACAAAUAUCAAAUAAAGAAAUGACAUGAUUUUUGCUGUUUACAUUUUAUUUUAUUUUGCCUUUUAUUUUUAUCCUUUGGCUCCACAAUGUGAUAAUAAUCAGAUUUCGUGUGUAUCUGCAGCCAGUGUGAAAGCUCAAAUCCUCUGUGUGAUCUUGUGUGUGAGUGUCCCUCAGGGCUCUGCGCUGGGCCCGCUGCUCUUUAGUUUCUUUAUUAAUGACUUGCCUUAGAUCUGAAGCUUUACACUGGAGCACUGGCUACAGACGUGAGAGAGGAUUCAGUGACAAUUAGUUUGAAUGACACAAUAAAGUGGAACUAAACACUGAA